AUGGCGAAAAGCAAUAAUUAUAAGUAUCUAAAAUCUAAAGAAGAGCUGUUUGAAUGUUUAGACGAGUUUCCUUUUAUGGCCAUUCUAGGAUACAGAAAUAAACUUAACCCAACUAUUCCAAAAUGGCUAUGUGGUGGUACUUUGAUAACAGAAAAGCAUGUAUUGACGGCUGCUCAUUGUGCCUAUAACAGAAAUGAUUUGUAUUUGGUUAGAGUUGGGGAGCUAAUACUUUAUGAUGACAUGGACAGUGCUUCUCCUGAAGAUAUAUCCAUCUCGAAGAUAAAAAUGCAUGAAAGUUUCAGUCCUACUGAAUUUACCAAUGAUAUUGCAAUAAUAACAUUAUCAAAAAAACCUAAAAAUCCAUUGGUUUGGCCCGUUUGUCUACCAGUAGAAGAUCGAAUGAGAUCUAGUUCGUACAUUGGAGAAACUGGAGUCGUAGCAGGAUGGGGGUCUUUAUAUUUUGAUGGACCAAGAAGCUCAUCAUUGCAAGUAGCUGACAUGCCUAUAUUAAACGAAAACAGCUGCCAACGAGUAUUUGGUCAAAAUACAGUUAUUGAUAAUAGAAUAAUUUGUGCUGGCUGGCUUUCUGGAGCAAAAGAUACUUGUCAAGGGGACUCAGGUGGGCCUUUGAUGUUUGCCGUCAAAGAACAGAAACAUUAUUGGUACUAUCAAAUUGGUAUCAUAUCUUAUGGAUUUAGGUGUGCCGAAAUAGGCUAUCCUGGUGUAUUUACAAGAGUAACAAAUUAUUUAGAUUGGAUUCAAACUAACGUUGUGUGA